AUGGCUCUGGUUUAUUCAGAUUCUUCAGAUUAUUUCACCAGAUGUUUUCCCAGGGAACAGAGCAUCAGCAUCUUCAGAAGAACUUCAGCAAUAUUGAAAGCAGUAAAACAGUGUUGCAUUUCUACCUGCCAGGAUACGUUUAGGAGCCAAACCCAGAGAGCCUUUUUGGAUGUUUGCCUCUCUGAUGGCAGCAAUAUUAGACUUUAUACCCAGACAUCAGACACUGCAGAAAGUAUGUUACAGGUUACACUGUGUGAGGUGGGUCUGUUGAGAGAAUAAAUAAAAUACUUUAGCCUAUUUUUCUUUCAAGGUUGUGAUGAUGAAGCUCUCUCUGUGGUGAAAAAAGUGGCAGAACUUGAACUUCCUUAUGUGAAAUUUCAGAGCAUGAAGGAGUUGCACUGUAAGCUUGGGAUCCGACAGUGUUGUAUGGAUCCUUCUCUCAAUACACUGCUGAUGGAUUGUAGAAUUUCACUGAACUUGCUACGUACCCAGGCAGUCCAGGAAGUUAAGAGGAAUUGGGUUAAACCAACAGAUGAGCAGAUGCAGGAACUCCAAUUUCCAAAAAAUGUAAAUAAAGCAAAGUUCCCAAUGCAGAUUUGAGAAAUACAGUUCUGUGGUACAUACAGCUUGAUGCUUGAUCCUUUUAUUUGUGAUUAUCCAGAAGAAAGCUGCUCAGCUGACAUCCAUAUUGGCAAUGAUGAGUAGAUUAGCUGUUGCAUGAUGCUGCCUACUAACCGAAUAGAGGUCAGCUUUAAAAUCAACAGGUUAAGAAUUUGGCAGGUUACUUUUCUUGAAGCCAAAGAAGACACGCUGGAGUUCAGAUUUGAGUACAAUGACUCAGGCACAUGAAACUGGAUAAUUCUGUACACAAAACAGGCCUUUGUGUUCAGUAGCUGCUUGAGGAAAAUACUAUCAGAACAGAUGAUGGAGGCAGCCAAAGGCCAAGAAAUGAUCAAGAUGCCUGAAUAGAUGAAGAAUAGUAAGAAAUCCAGCAUUCAACAAAAACAGGUUAUUCAUUUGGGUUGUAUCUCAAGUAAAAGAUUUUUAGUUAGGCCAAAUGAAGAUUACUGUGUAUUUGAGAAAAUCAUAGAAGACCUUAAUAAUUUACUUUAG